UGUGUGUGUGUGUGUGUGUGUGUGUGUGUGUAUUAGUGCUCUAAGAAGCUUUUUAUUGCAAUAAAGAACAGCUAAUUGUAUACAAAAAAACAAGUUUAGCUUUUUUGGGGGGGUUAAAUGUAAGUUGGCUCAGGAUCAUUGGCAAUUUUUUUUUUUUUUUGGUUGCAAAAUGGCGAGUAAUGCCAGCAGUGAUUUUCAUGAGAAAUCCAGAACAAGUUAUUCAAUGGAAAUGGGAGCUUUCCCUGCGGGUUCUACAUAUGACAUUAAUGAAGAAAAAAGUGAUGUUAAAUGGGAAGCCCUCCAUAGACUCCCUACUUAUAACAGGUUGAAGAAAGGUUUUUUGAUAACGCCCGGAGGCGAUGAGGCACAUGAAAUUGAUGUAAGAAACCUCGGACUUCAAGAGCGGAAGGAGUUGAUCCAAAGAUUAGUGGGAGAUAAUGAAGAGGAUCACUCUGACUUCUUGUUCAAGAUCAAGAACCGCCUUGAUAGGGUGGGAAUUUGUAUACCUACAAUAGAAGUCAGAUUCGAGCAGUUAAACGUUGAAGCUGAAGCUUAUGUUGGAAGCAGAGCUUUGCCUACAUUCUUAAACUUCUGCGCCAAUUUACUCGAGGGCUUCCUCAACUUCCUCCAUAUAAUUCCCACAAGAAAGAAGCAGUUUUCAAUUCUCAAAGAUGUUAGUGGGAUCAUCAAGCCUGGAAGAAUGACAUUGCUUUUGGGUCCUCCGAGUUCUGGGAAAACGACACUCAUGUUGGCUUUGGCUGGAAAGCUUGACCCUAAUCUUAAGUUAUCUGGAAGAGUGACUUACAAUGGGCAUGACAUGCAUGAGUUUGUACCUCAGAGAGCUGCUGCUUACGUGGCUCAGCAUGAUCUCCAUAUUGGAGAAAUGACAGUCAGAGAAACCUUGGCCUUCUCUGCAAGAUGCCAAGGGGUUGGACCACGUUAUGAGAUGCUAGCAGAGUUGCUCAGAAGAGAGAAAGAAGCAAAUAUCAAGCCCGAACCAGAUAUAGACAUCUAUAUGAAGGCAAUAGCAGCAAAAGGCCAGGAAGAAAGCAUUGUAACAGAUUAUGUUUUGAAGGUUUUGGGAUUGGAUGCCUGUGCAGAUAUAUUGGUAGGAGAUCAAUUGUUAAGGGGUAUCUCUGGAGGUCAAAAGAAGCGUGUUACAACAGGGGAGAUGCUGGUUGGACCUGCUAAGGCAUUGUUUAUGGAUGAAAUAUCUACUGGCUUGGACAGCUCAACAACUUUUCAAAUAGUGAACUCGAUCAAGCAAAAUGUUCACAUUCUCAAAGAGACUGCAUUCAUCUCGCUCUUGCAACCAGCUCCUGAGACUUAUGAUCUUUUCGACGACAUUAUUCUUCUCACGGAUGGCCAAAUUGUGUAUCAAGGUCCUCGGGAACAAGUUCUUGAGUUCUUUGAAUCCAUGGGCUUUACUUGUCCCACAAGGAAAGGCGUGGCAGAUUUCCUCCAAGAAGUGACAUCAAGGAAAGACCAGGAGCAGUAUUGGGCAAGGAAAGAUGAGCCUUAUAGUUUUAUCUCGGUCGAGAAAUUUGCUGAUGCAUUCAAAUCAUUCCAUGCGGGACAGAUGCUCAAUGAUGAACUUGCAACUCCAUUUGACAAAUCCAAGGGCCAUCCAGAUGCUUUGACAACUCAAAAAUAUGGUGUUACAAAGAAAGAACUUCUUAAAGCUUGCUUCUCAAGAGAAUUUUUGCUUAUGAAAAGAAAUUCAACUGUCUACCUUUUCAUGUUCUUUCGGCUUGCAGCAAUAGGGCUGCUGACAAUGUCAGUGUUCCCACGAACUGAGAUGCACCGCAAUUCAGCAACUGAUGGAGGAAUUUAUAUGGGAGCUUUGUUCUACAGUCUGAUCAUUGUUACAUUCAAUGGGGUAUCUGACCUUUCCUUGAUGGUUUCAAAGCUUCCCGUUUUCUACAAACAAAGAGACCUCAACUUCUUUCCUCCAUGGGCAUAUACACUUCCCUUAUGGAUCCUGAAGAUCCCUAUCACAUUUGCAGAAGUGGGUGCUUGGGUGUUUAUUACGUACUAUGUCAUUGGAUUUGAUCCAAAUGUAGGAAGGUUGUUUAGGCAAUUCUUUCUGAUCGUCCUUGUUAGUCAGAUGGCUUCUUCAAUGAGCCGAUUAAUAGGUGCAAUUGGUAGGAGCAUGAUUGUUGCGUCUACCAUUUACUCAUUUGCUCUAAUUACACUUUCUUCUUUGGGUGGUUACAUUUUGUCAAGAGAGAAUAUAAAGAAAUGGUGGAUUUGGGGUUACUGGUUAUCACCUUUGAUGUACGGACAAAAUGCAAUAGUAGUUAAUGAGUUUCUUGGUAAAAGUUGGAAUAAGGUUCUUCCUAACUCAGUGGAACCUCUUGGAGUUGAGGUUUUGAGGUCCCAUGGAUUUUACACUCAAGCAUAUUGGUAUUGGAUAGGCAUAGGGGGAUUGUUGAUAUAUGUGCUACUGAUCAACCUCUGUAUUAGUCUGGCCCUUACAUAUAUCAGCCCUUAUGUGAAGCAGUAUGCUGCUAAAUCAGAAGUAUCUGAAAGUAAUCAGAAUGUCAGCAAGACAAGAGAUAGUAGUUUUAGUCGACAAGCUGACGGAGAGAGUGGAGAUCGAGAAAUUAAGACUGGAAGUAAUCCCUCCAGGUCCUCAUCUGCUAGGAUUGAAGCUGUUGCUGAUAUCAAUUAUACAAGGAAAACUGGAAUGAUUCUUCCAUUUGAGCCGCAUUUUAUCACUUUCGAGGAUAUCACCUACUCUGUUGACAUGCCACAGGAAAUGAAAAACCGGGGUAUCCUUGAUGAUAAACUAGUGAUUCUCAACGGUUUGAGUGGAGCUUUCAGGCCAGGUGUUCUCACAGCUUUGAUGGGUGUAAGUGGUGCUGGAAAAACAACGCUUUUGGAUGUACUGGCUGGUAGGAAAACCGGCGGAUAUAUUGAGGGCAGUAUCAAAGUCUCUGGUUUCCCAAAGGUCCAACACACAUUUGCUCGUAUAUCUGGGUACUGCGAGCAAAACGACAUCCACUCUCCUCAUGUUACUGUCUAUGAGUCCUUGCUCUACUCAACGUGGCUGCGUUUGUCACCAGAAGUCAAUUCUAAAACUAGGAAGAUGUUCAUUGAGGAAGUGAUGGAACUUGUAGAGCUGAACACAUUAAAAGAUGCAAUGGUGGGGUUACCUGGUGAAACUGGUCUUUCAACUGAGCAGCGCAAGAGGCUAACAAUUGCAGUUGAGCUAGUAGCUAACCCUUCCAUAAUAUUCAUGGAUGAACCAACCUCAGGGCUUGAUGCAAGAGCUGCUGCCAUUGUUAUGAGAACAGUUAGAAACACAGUGGACACUGGAAGAACAGUUGUAUGCACAAUCCAUCAGCCAAGUAUCGACAUAUUUGAAGCUUUUGAUGAGGUAUUCCUAAUGAAGCAAGGAGGUAAAGCGGUAUAUGUGGGUCCAUUGGGUCAGCACUCUUGCCAUUUAAUCAAGUACUUUGAGGGAGUUCAAGGAGUUAGUAAAAUUAAAGAUGGUUAUAAUCCAGCAACUUGGAUGUUAGAAGUUACAACUCCAGGGACAGAAAAAGAUUUGGGAAUUGAUUUCGCUGAUGUAUACAGAAAUUCAGAACUUUACAUGAGAAACAAAGCACUUAUUGAGGAGUUAAGCAGGCCUGCUCCUGGUUCAAAGGACCUCCAUUUCCCUUAUGAAUUCUCACAAUCACUUUUCACACAAUGCUUGGCUUGCUUAUGGAAACAGUAUUUGUCUUAUUGGCGCAAUCCACACUACACAGCCAUAAGAUUCCUUUUCACAACUUUUAUGGCUCUAGUGUUUGGGACAAUGUUCAUGAAUCUUGGUUCCAAAUGGACAGUGAAACAAGAUCUUUUCAACGCCAUAGGUUCCAUGUAUUGUGCGGGUCUCUUUCUUGGUAUUAAAAAUUCAUCGGUAGUUCAGUCGGUGGUUUCUGUGGAACGAGCAGUCUUUUAUAGAGAACGAGCGGCCGGAAUGUAUUCAGCCUUCCCAUAUGCCUUUGCACAGGUCAUGAUUGAGGUUCCUUGCGUCUUUGUUCAAGCUUUGGCAUAUGGGGCAAUUGUUUAUGCUAUGCUUGGGUUCCAAUGGACUUUAGCCAAGUUCCUUUGGUAUAUAUUUUUCAUGUUCUUCACAUUUCUAUACUACACUUACUAUGGGAUGAUGUCUGUGGCCUUGUCACCAAACCUGCACAUUGCUGCUAUAUAUUCCUCUGCAUUUUAUGCGGUGUGGAACCUCUUUUCGGGAUACGUAAUCCCAAGAAAUAGAAUUCCUAUAUGGUGGAGAUGGUAUUACUGGGGAAAUCCCAUGGCUUGGAGCUUGUAUGGUUUGGUUGCAUCACAGUAUGGUGAUGUGGAGGAGUUUAUGGAGACAGGACAAACAGUGAAAGAGUUUUUAAGGGACUACUACGGUUAUGAUCAUGAAUUCUUGGGAGUUGUUGCUGCUGUAACUGUUGGGUUCACAAUCCUUUUCGCAUUUGUAUUUGCCUUGUGCAUUAAGAUUUUGAAUUUCCAGAAGCGAUAGGAAAUUUACUUUCUUCUUGAAGCACAGUUGGAAGUCUUUUUUUUUUUACCUUCUUCUUUCUGUGCAAAUUAAAACUUAUAUAUGUUCUCUGUGUUACAAGGCAUAUCUUUCUUUUUGUAGCUAUGUAAUUAUAUCAAUAUAAAGAAGAUUGAGAUUAAUAAAUGUAGAGUGUAUAAUUGUGAUGUGUUUUAUACACAAUUGCAAUUAUUUGAUCAAAAACAUAGUUGAAUAUGUAUUUGUAAAUAUGUAUUAUCCAUAUCUUAUUUAUAUGAUAUAUGACUUUGAUAUAUACUUUUUUUUA